AUGGCUUGGACAUCCAAAGACUUUAUCAAUGAGCUUCAAGAUGUUGAGGAGUUGCUGGCUUUCAAGAGUGCACCUGCACUACAAGAGAGUUUGUUGAUAGCUUUGCUGAAGAAGGUUGACUGCAGCAACAAUUUGUUGGCUUCUGAUUAUGCCAGCAUGCUGGAGGCUAUCACAAAGAGUUCUUUGGGAGAUACCAAGAAGCAAUGGCUUCAAGACAAAAUCAUGGAAAGAGCUGCUGAAGGAGGAAAAGGGUCCAAGGGAAGCAAGAUAGUGAACAGCCCUCAAAGCUUGGUGAAUGUUGCUGCCUACAUGACAGAAGCUGAGAUCCAGCAACUUAUGACUGGAGAGAUUACCAAAGCUCCACACUUGAUUGUGCAAAGGCUGAGGUUGUUGGGAUUGACUUCCAUCAAAGAAGAUACCAAAAGGUAUUGUGUGGCCUUGCUAGUGCAAUCUAUGUUGUGGCAUGGGAUGCAGAUGCCAGAUGGUGAUUACACCUACAUGCUGGCUACACAAUUCACCAGCUUGUUUCAAGCCAGCAAAAUUCAAUCCAAAGUUGCACCUCUGAAGGUUUACCCACAGCUGCCCACAGUCCUUGGACAAGAUUGGUUAGAGAAAGUCUAUGGUGAAGAAAAGCCAAGUCUCAAAACUUUCCCUCAACUCCCAGAGAUUGCCAGUCAGGUAUGUGUCAGAAGCACAAACUCGAAUUUGAGCAAGAAUUCCAAGACAAGAUUGCAAGGGAAGCAAUCUUCUUCAGCUCAUGGAUUCCCAGCUGACUUCAUGCAGGCUUUGAGAGAUUUGGUACACAAGCCCUUGGCAGAGCCUUCAGCUUCUUCUGCCCAAGGCAUGAAGCUGACCUUCUUCAACCAGCAGGCCAGUCCAAAGAAAGCAUUGCCAUCCAGUGUGAGUGCAUUGGACAUCAUGAAAGAGAAGCAACAGAUGGGCCAGGCAUCCUCACCUCCAAAAAGGGCAUUGGCAUUGACCAAUGAGCCUGGAAAGAAUGGCAAGCCUUUGGACCAAGAGAAUGCACUUCUGAUGAGCAAACCUCUGGAACAUUUGGGUCUGCUAAGACCAGCCACUGGUUAUGUGCAUGACUGGAUGCAUGCCUUAUGUUCCAAUGGUGUUCUUUGCUACAUCAUGCAGUGGGCCCUGGAAGCUAUAGCAACUACAGACAUGCCAAACAUUUGGAGCACCUUCUGCCAAUAUUUACAACUGUGGGUUUGGCCUGGCAAUUUACCUGGAAGUGCUGCUUCUCACAAAUUGUUCGAGGCCAAGAAGGUGGAGACCCACAAAAAGAAUGAAAAACUGGUGAUGUCUGCAUCAGAAAUGUUGUCCAUUUACCCUGUGUUGGCUUACUUUAUGGAAACUUGCUGUGUCCUACCAGCAUGUGAUGUCCCAAAGCAAGUUUAUUUGGCAUGGUGCCAUGUCUUGGAUUUGUUGGUGGCUUCGACUCAACAUUUGCCUAAGCCUGGGCAAUUGCUGCAAGCUGUACAGAAGGCUUUAGCCUUGACAAAGGCUGCUGGUUGGGCUGGAAGCAUGAGGCCCAAAUUUCAUUGGUGUCUACAUUUUGAGCAAGCCCUGCAGCAAUUUGAUGGCCUGCCUUCUUGUUGGUCUUUGGAGAGGAAGCACAAAGUGGCAAGAAGAUAUGGCUCUGGAUUGUAUAACACAAAUCGCUAUGAAGACACACUCUUGAGAGAACUGACUUGUGAUCACCUGGCACAUUUGAAACAAGAAGCUGCAUAA